UCUCCUAUGACAUGGUUAGGUUAUCUACUCCUCUCUUCUUAAAAGUGAAGUCUAUCCCUACAUACCAAUACGAGUCAUUCUAACAUGUUUUGUUCUCACUCACAAAUAUCGGAGGAAAAUUCUGAGGAGGUCACCUAACAUAGAUUUGCUUCACGCUUAACCAUGAAGUUUCUAUGAUUUAGUCGUUAAAAAGGCAAGUAUACCUUGUUUGUAUAUGUAGUAAUUUUCAAUUCUUUUAAACCUAUCCUCAAAAUCCCUCUCAUCCAUAUAUGAUCUCGGUUUAUUAACUUACCUUUCUUCUAUUUAGGUGCCACAAGAUGUCAACGUCGUUAAAGCAUAUGCCCUCAACCCAAAGAAUAGAGAUCUCCCAUACACCGCUUUUGAUCAUACCCAUGUCGAAAGCUGGAGCGUUGGAUCUUGCGUCGGGCCUUGGCGGCAAGUUGGACAAGAACGAGGUCCUUUCCGCCGUUGAAAAGUACGAGAAGUAUCAUGUUUGUUAUGGAGGUGAAGAGGAGGAAAGAAAAGCUAACUACACUGACAUGGUUAAUAAGUACUAUGAUCUUGUUACGAGCUUUUACGAGUUUGGUUGGGGCGAGUCUUUCCAUUUUGCACCUCGAUGGAAUGGUGAAUCUCUGCGGGAGAGCAUUAAGAGGCAUGAGCACUUCCUUGCCUUGCAAUUAGAUUUGAAACCUGGACAUAAGGUGUUGGAUGUUGGAUGUGGAAUUGGUGGACCGCUUAGAGAAAUUGCGAGAUUUAGUUAUACUUCCGUUACUGGAUUGAACAACAACGAGUACCAGAUUUCACGAGGGAAGGAACUGAAUCGUGUUGCCAAAGUGGACAAGACUUGUGACUUUGUCAAGGCCGACUUCAUGAAGAUGCCAUUCCCUGACAAUUCAUUUGAUGCAGUAUAUGCAAUCGAAGCUACUUGUCAUGCACCCGACGCAUAUGGGUGCUAUAAGGAGAUAUAUAGAGUGCUAAAGCCUGGCCAGCAUUUUGCUGCCUAUGAAUGGUGCAUGACUGAUGCUUUUGAUUCAAAUAAUCAAGAACAUCAAAAGAUAAAGGCGGAAAUUGAGAUCGGCGAUGGUCUUCCGGAUAUCAGGUUGACAGGAAAAUGCCUUGAAGCUUUAAAACAAGCAGGUUUUGAGGUCGUUUGGGAGAGAGAUCUUGCUGUAAAUUCGCCUGUUCCGUGGUACUUGCCUUUAGACAAAAGCCAUUUCUCACUGAGUAGCUUCCGUCUGACAGCCAUUGGUCGUUUCAUUACUAAAAAUAUGGUCAAAGUACUGGAGUUCGUUCGACUUGCCCCCAAGGGUAGCCAAAGAGUUCAAGAUUUUCUAGAGAAAGCUGCUGAAGGGCUAGUUGAGGGUGGAAAGAAAGAGAUAUUCACACCAAUGUAUUUCUUCUUGGCCCGGAAGCCACUUUCAGCCAGUGAGUAGUAACUUCUUUGCUGCUGCUACAACUCAAUUGUGGAGCUUUUUUGCUUAAUUUAACCAUUCUAGAGCUUCUUUUACUUCUCUUUGCCUUAAUUUCUUGUUUGUUCUUUAAAUCCAAUAAAUAAGUUUCUUUGUGGCCUCAUCUGGGAUGUUCUUCUUCUUUUCCUGCCUCAUUCUGUACUCUUUAACACGUGAUGAAUAGAGUUCGAUCAAGAACAGUAUGAAAUCCUUUGAAUUAUCGAUA